AUGGGCCAGCUUUUCACAGACCUUCUCGCUGUCUACGGCUACUCUCUGACAGCAUUUGUGCCUUGCACCGUGAGCAUCCCGUCUACAUUCCCCUCUGCUCCCAUUUGUUUAAGUUUUCGAUGUUUAUUGACUGAUACUAUUAAUAGUAGGCUCACGCGUUGCCAAUAACGGGGACCACUGGUGCCCCAGAGAGGACACCUAACAGCAAUUUGAUGAGCUGAUUUUCGCUCCAUCUACCUCGCCGCAACUAGGAUUCCGCGAGCGAAGACAACUAGCUAUGGGCGCGAGAGCAACGAAUGCUGAGCUAAGUCUACGUGUAAGGCGCACGUUCUCUGUCCCAUCCCCACACAGGGAUCAGUCGUCAAUGAUCGAGUCUGGAGUCGCACGCAUUAAGGGACCGUUGCGUCCUGACCCUCAGCCCUAACAAGCACCGAGUUACCGCGUCGCCUGGACGACUCCAAAGCCACCGUGACCAGAACGUCAUCAUAGGGUGGAAGGCGCGUUUAGUUGUCAUUAGUUCGGGGUCGGGCGACCUCUAUUCCCUGUGCCUACGUCCCGUGUGAGUCAAACCGACUGGAGGAGCUAAGAUUGGGUGCUGCAGCUAGCCUGACGGGAAGCUUCCUUUGAGUGCGUGUCAUGUUCAAUAUUGAAGCAUGUGCUCGGAGCACCUAACGUCUUAGCCAAAACCCACAUUUGUCGUUCUUCCUAGAACUGUCUGCGUUAGUGGAAUUUAAAUGAUAAGGAGUAGGUAAAACAGUGGAAGAUCGUUUCAUUUCGGUUUCUAAUGGUGUGUUCUCGCUAAACGUCUGCGGGAUAGCACACUAUUUCCCGGGAAAUGUACAAUCUUGCAUUGCCUUAUGGUGAUGUGUGAUUGUCUUGACCACUUUUAGACCGAUAUAACUUUUAGUCGUUUUCAGCUAGCUCCGUCCGUUUUUCAGCACUGGAUAAAUUAUUCCAAAUUAUUCAGCAAACGGGGAAUCUGGUUUUUAAGACCGAACUUCCCAGAUCUGACUGUGAUUUGAAUGCUGUCUUCGCCAUCAAGAGGGAAAGUUACUCCGUCAUAAUCGAUGAUGACCGAUAUCACCAGAUGAAGGCUGUGGAUUGAGCGUUCAAGUUACUGUCGAUUCAUCUCCGGAAACGCGGUUGUCCUGAUCCCUUGGGAUGAAUGAACAGUCCCGUAUGACCCUUGUGCAUCCUAUUGUAUCACCUUUUAUGUACCCGAUCGCAACCGACAGCACAUCGAGCCUGUGGCUCAAUAGUUAGGACGUUGGACUUCUAAUCAGCAGGCCGUGUGUUCGAGUUUCGUGCGUCGCAUACGUCGGGCCUGGGUAUGGCUGGCGAAUGACGGUUAACAAGUCAGAAAUGGUCAUACCAGUCUCCCUUUUCUUUCUCGGUAAUGCUAUCCUGCCUAUAUUACGCUCCGCAAUCCGACUGCUGGCGGGGUUCGAAAGAAAACUCCAAGGCACAACGGGACCAGUGAGUUCCGUAAUGCGACCGGUGAGCGCCUCUCUGCCAUCAUCACCUGUUAGUCUGUUAGUAGCCAUGAUAUCCCUGUUUGACUUCCUGUGUUCUUUACCUGUAUGAACGCUAUUAGAGUGUUCUAUUCUUAAUUUAGCUCCUCGUGAUUCCCUCCUUUGCCGCACAAAUGACAGUUCUUGUCCUGGCUACCGCGCUCUCUUGCAGCGUUUUAGCCACAGCCACCUUGAAAACCUUUCAGCAUCACAAGAAACAGGUAAAUUUUCGCCCUUAUGCGAUGCCCGGUUUGCCAUCGCCAGUCCCAAUGUCGGGUUGGUUUUCCCUAGCUCUAAGGCCUUUGUGGGCUAGUGCAUGUGGCUGCCUUUUAGGUUGUACUCCACGCGUGUUUAUGCCGUAAGCGUAUGCCACUGCUUGAGUAGUUUGCCGUUCGUUUUUCCAGAGGUGUGAAUCUUGUUUUGCGUCUCGUGCGUCUCGUGACUUUUAUUGUAACCGGCGCAAAGAUGUAUUUUCGCAGCCAAAGCCACGUCUGGGUGUCGCGGACCUGCUGACAAGCGUUGCGUCUCCACUGUCGUCCUCUUGCACCUUUUUUGGAUACUUUAAUAACCCGAUGUAUUAGGGGCCUGCCGUCGGCUGUGCUGAUAAUCGAUACUCCCUUACCCUAUGACUGCCACGCAACCCAACCACCAGCUUCAGACAAGACAGAACAACUAAUUGUAAGUUGCCUGAUCGCAAUCCCCUCUUCCGCAUCUAAGAGAUUUGCCUCAUAGUCUCAGCAGAAACUGAUCUCAAAACUGCAUUGGGCUUGUCAUGUGAGCCAAAGAUGGAAGAUUGUCGAGUACUAGUACGGACGACAGACCACCCCUUGGUUGAUGGGACGCCUAAAGCAGUCGGCGCGAAUUCCCGUGGUCGUCCGCGUAAGAUUGUUUGAGCUGUGUUGAUUUCGCACUUUUGUUUUUUGUAUCUAGUGCAUAAUUGCUACAAUAGGUGGGUUAACUCAUGAAAUGUCAAUCGAAAUUCCGAAAUGCGUUAUCGUUUCGGAAGGAUUAAUUAAGUAAGGUUGUAGAACUAGUCAGCCUGCAACAUAAUUCUAUAAUAUUUAAGUUACCUCAGGAUGCCGGCUUUCGAAUGAACUUCCUUCCGGCUGCAUGCAAAGACGGCACUCUGUAAAAAUGACCACUUAAGUAGCAUAAAUUUUUCUCACUGAUUUUCGAUGCCCCUAAGAGUCCAAUUAUAAUUCAUGAAAAACACGCAUAAAAAUAUUCAUUCUUCUACUCAUUCGGUAGAUAGUUCUUCUAAUUUUAUGCUCGAAGGAGGGAUAUAAUUCGGUUUUAAAAAGUUUCUAGUUGUAGGACAUUUAAACACCGUGAAAUGGCCAUUAAUAAAUCGUCAUGUCUCUGCAUUUACCAAUGUGGCUUGUAAAGUUAACAAUAUGGAUCAAAUCUUGUGCUAAAUUUUAUGAACUCUAUAUGGUCCCCCUUUAUUACCGUAGAGAAAUGUGUGGUUUUCCAUACGCGGAAAAUAUUCGGCUUGUGGCUUGGAAACCGUGAAUGCAAGUUUAACGGUAGGGCGGGUUCAAAAUUAUUCGGGAAUUGGAAAAGUUUUUGAAAACCGAAUUGUACUCUUCCUUCGAAUAUAACAUUGGAAGACGUAGUUGUCUACCGAGUGGGUAAAAGAGUGAAUAUUUUUAUGUAUGUUUUUCAAUGAGAACAAUUUAUGCUACUUAGGUAGUCAUUUUUUACAGAGUGUCGUUUUUGCAUGCCGCCGGAAGGAAGUUAAUUCGAAUGCCGGCAUCCUGAAUUAACUGAAUUAUUAUUGAAUUAUGUUGCAUGGUGAUUAGUUUUACAACCCUACUUAAUUAACCUUUUCGAAACGAAGACGCAUUUCGGAAUUUCGGUUAACAUUUCAUGACUUAGCCCACGUACUGUACGUACUGUCACAAGCCUGUAUCCGACGGACCAUGUUUUCGGCCUAAAACGACUCCUGGGCUCAGAGUGACGCCCCCCCCUCCCCGCGGUCGGUAGCACAAAAUAUGGCGGUUCACUAUUACCAGUCCUGCUCAGAUUCUAUUUAUACCAACCUUUUCUCUAGAUCAUAUUUUAUACAGCAUAUGUAGAACCGGGGCCAACUGCAGUGACCUCUGCGCCUGAAGCUUCGUCAUCCUUCAGAAUACGCGCCUGGGCCGCCUGUCGCUGGACGGAUCGUGAGACGGCAAUUAAUCGAUAGUUACAUACCCCCCCCAUCCUUGACUUAUUCUAAAGACGCAAUGCGCGGUAGAUAUGCUAACUCAUGAAAUGUUAACCGCUACUGUGAUAUGUGUUUUCGACCCGAAAAGAUUACUUAAGCAGGUUUGUAAUAUUAAUCCCAUGAUAAAAGAAGUUCAUUCAAAAGCCGGUAUUCUGAGUCGAGAACACAUUUCGGAAUUUCAGUUAACAUCUCACGAGUUAGUCCAUCUACUGUACGUGGGACCUGCCCUAGUGUUCUGAUAUUGAUUUACGACAUUAGCUUCUGCCGAAGGCCUUUGUUAGAAUGCUCACGGACGAAAGGUCUUUACGCUCCAGAGCUUCUUUGCGGGCAGCCCUUCUGGUUCUUGCCUCUAAAAGCAGAUUGCUAAUUUUCUGACAAACACAACAACAGGAGUGUCUGGAUUUGGAUACGGAGGAGCGAACGCGAGAACGCCAUUUGGAGGAAGUCGUUGUUUCCGAUUGGACCACAUCACCCGAGACAGAAACAACUGUGGGCAUGGGAUCCAGAGAACUUACGGAAUUUAUGAGCUGUGGUUGUCACUCAACUGUCUGGUGACCCACAUUCAUCUUGAGUUGUUUUUUUUUUCAGGGACCCUUUUGACCGGGACACUGUUUUCACCUCCUUUUUCUCCUUUUAGAACGCGAUUGUCUUUGUAGUCAUCGUCAUCGUCCUGCAUCUUGCAAUGGCUGUGUGUUUGUCAGUAAGUGUAUUGGGGGCUUUUAGUGUUUAAUUUCCUCCGAUUUUCCUAACUACUCCUGCCGGGGUGUUCCUUCCUACUGUUCGCCACAUCAAACCUCCGGCCGCGUGCAGGUCGAUGACAGUGGUGUGUGUUUAAAUCGAGCCGAACUCCCUGAGUCGACGCUGAGGGUCGCAUUACGAGAGCUGUUCCACCCCGAUGUCAUUCCCUCUAAGGGCAGAUGGAAUUUUUGAUCCUUAUUUGGGAAUUCUUUCUGCUAGAAGAUUCCUGUUUCGAUCUGAAGUAUGUCAGCAUUGACGGUAUUUCUAUGUUAAACUGGCGAGCAAAGCUACUGAUUUAAAUUUUGGUUGUCGACGAUUCAAGAUCGCGAUGAAAGAUGUUCAUUGGUUCUCCUACCUCUGCAGCAACUCACCGGCUUUGUGUAUGCAUGCUAAUUAGUGUCACUUGGCCAGAACUGACUGCCUGUAGACUGACUCGUCGAUGACAACUCAGUUUGAAGCAAACUUUGAUCCUGAGUCGCAUGUCUAAUAAGGGGUUUUCCUCUUCCAGUGAUGCUGCGAUUACUGUUAUUAACAUAUCAAAAAUAGCCUCUUUAGAUGCCGUUAAAUUUGUGGCAAAUGUGCUCGCAGAAACUGUUCCAGUGACAACCGGUACUGUUGCCUAUUUUCCAAAGCUCCCUCGAUAAAGCAUUGUAAGUUAUUAAAGGAAGCGAAUGUCUACCAAACGGAAUAACUUGCCUUUUUAACCUCCCAGUUCGUUGUAGUCAUCUUUUGAUUUACAUCAUUUAUGUUCGAAUUUUGCUGCUCAACGUGGCAUUAUACACUCUGUUUGAGUCCUAUACCUCCAAAUUUAGCCACGCAUGUGCCCUAUGCAAACCCAGUUUCUUCCUCUUCCUAGCUAACGAUCCAAACUGUUUUCUCUGGCACGUCAUAGGUGUUCUUUAAGUGUUGUUUCUGUUCAGACUUGACUGACCAAUGUGUUUUCCGACAUAUGAGAGGGCGCUUACAACUGCCUGCUGGCUAUUUUUUGCAGACUACUACUCGAAGACCUUUCAUGUAUUUAGGCGUACAGAAUUCUCCCUUUUUAUCCUCUUAUCUCCUUUCAAAGCCUUAAAUUCCGCCUCCUGCUAUUCAGCGAACUUGUCAUCAAGGCAUCGACACCGUACUUAUUGCAUUUGGCUUCACUUUUAGUGUAAAGAUGCUAUCGGGUGCUAUUGACCUCAGUGAAAUAAAGUCGCAUAUGUGCAUCUGCCCAAUCAUCAGUGGUACAUGCCGUGUUAUGUAAUUUAGAAUUGUUACCGGCAAAGAUCGUGGACAGUGGAAUAGCCAUUUCUGACUCAUUAGUUGUCAUCAACGCAGUAAUGGCGAACUCCGGGUGCUGGCGUAUAUCAAACCAUUUGCAUGAAGUCACUGAUGGAUAUUAAAUCAAGCACUCAUACCACGUGAACCAUUCGACUGAAUUCGGUAUUAUUGACUUCUGCUCGCCAUACAACCGCUUUUGUGACUUCGAAAGGCAAGCUAAAGUGCCCACUUGAAUCCUACAUUGAUGGACGCUACUUUCGUCUGCUUUUGCACAAGACGGCUAUUUCGCCUGCCUUUCAGCUGGUCUUCUUCCACCAACCAAGUGAAGUUGCCUCCGCUGCGACCCCGCUCACUGCAGCCGCAGCGUCGCCUCACAAUGACACAGCGAGCCAACCAAACGGAACAAAUCCAAAACUCUCCGAGAGCAAAAGCGCAGAUAUUCCGAGGGCUGAUGACAUACAGCAAAAGGGGGCAAACCCACCAGCGCCCUAG